AGCCCACAGCAUGGGUUUUCCAAUGCUUGUGCCUUUCAGUCCUUGGAGCUGGUUGCUACUGCUGGUGGCCCUCAAGUGUUCUGAAGCAUCUUCAGAUUUGAACAAAUCCACAAACUCCACUGCCCAGCAUGAACCUAAUGUUCGGUUUGCUGCUGCCAGCUCAGAGGCCGAUGAGAAGAUAUCUGUUUUUGCCCUGGAUUAUGACUACGUACAGAUUCCUUAUGAGGUCACCCUCUGGAUACUUCUAGCAUCCCUUGCAAAAAUAGGCUUCCAUCUUUACCACAGACUACCAGGCCUCAUGCCAGAAAGCUGCCUCCUCAUCAUCGUUGGGGCUCUGGUGGGCGCCAUCAUCUUCGGCACUGACCAUAAAUCUCCUCCCGUCAUGGAUUCAAGCAUCUACUUCCUGUACCUCCUUCCACCCAUCGUCCUGGAGGGUGGUUACUUCAUGCCCACCCGGCCCUUCUUUGAGAACAUUGGGUCUAUCCUGUGGUGGGCAGGCCUGGGGGCCUUGAUCAAUGCCUUCGGCAUUGGCCUCUCUCUCUACCUCAUCUGCCAGAUCAAAGCUUUUGGCCUCAGUGACGUCAACCUGCUUCAGAACCUGCUGUUUGGCAGCCUGAUCUCAGCCGUGGACCCGGUGGCCGUGCUGGCUGUGUUCGAGGAGGCGCGUGUGAACGAGCCACUCUACAUGAUGAUCUUCGGGGAGGCCCUUCUCAAUGACGGCAUUAGUGUGGUCUUAUACAAUAUAUUAAUUGCCUUCACAAAGAUGCAUAAAUUUGAAGACAUAGAACCUGUUGACAUUUUGGCCGGAUGUGCCCGAUUCAUUAUUGUGGGGGUUGGAGGAGUGUUUUUCGGCAUCAUUUUUGGGUUUAUUUCUGCAUUUAUCACGCGUUUCACUCAGAAUAUCUCUGCCAUUGAACCACUCAUCGUCUUCAUGUUCAGCUACCUGUCUUACUUAGCUGCGGAAACACUCUACCUCUCCGGCAUCCUGGCAAUCACAGCCUGCGCAGUAACAAUGAAGAAGUAUGUAGAGGAAAAUGUGUCCCAGACGUCCUACACCACCAUCAAGUAUUUCAUGAAGAUGCUGAGCAGCGUCAGUGAGACCCUGAUCUUCAUCUUCAUGGGUGUGUCCACCAUUGGGAAGAACCAUGAGUGGAACUGGGCCUUCAUCUGUUUCACCCUGGUCUUCUGCCAGAUCUGGAGAGCCAUUAGCGUAUUUGCUCUCUUCUAUGUCAGUAACCAGUUUCGGACUUUCCCCUUCUCCAUCAAGGACCAGUGCAUAAUUUUCUACAGUGGUGUCCGAGGAGCUGGAAGUUUUUCACUUGCAUUUUUGCUUCCUCUGUCUCUUUUUCCUAGGAAGAAAAUGUUUGUCACCGCUACUCUAGUAGUUAUAUAUUUUACUGUAUUUAUUCAGGGAAUCACAAUUGGCCCACUGGUCAGGUACCUGGAUGUUAGAAAGACCAAUAAAAAAGAAUCCAUCAAUGAAGAGCUUCAUAUUCGUCUGAUGGAUCACUUGAAAGCUGGAAUUGAAGAUGUGUGUGGGCAAUGGAGCCACUACCAAGUGAGAGACAAGUUUAAGAAGUUUGAUCACAGAUAUUUACGGAAAAUCCUAACCCGAAAGAACCAGCCCAAGUCCAGCAUUGUCUCCUUGUACAAGAAGCUGGAAAUGAAACAAGCUAUCGAGAUGGUAGAAACUGGGAUCCUCAGUUCCACAUCCUUUUCCGUACCCCACCAGGCCCAGAGGAUACACGGAACUAAAAGGCUUUCCCCAGAAGACGUGGAGUCCAUGAGGGACAUUCUGACACACAACAUGUACCAAGUUCGACAAAGGACCCUGUCCUACAACAAAUACAACCUCAAACCCCAAACAAGCGAGAAACAGGCUAAAGAGAUUCUGAUCCGCCGCCAGAAUACCUUAAGGGAGAGCAUGAGGAAAGGCCACAGCCUGCCAUGGGGAAAGCCGGCUGGUACUAAAAACAUCCGCUACCUGUCCUUUCCCUAUGGCCACCCUCGGCCCAUACGAAGAGACCCGAAGGUGGCGGAUUUCACAGGUGAUGACAGCAGCGAUUCAGAACUCCCAUCCAUCGUGUUCAAACCACACCCUCGAACAGGGACAUUUCAAGAAAGAUGGCUGACACAAGAGAUAAUCCCAAUGAAGAGUUUACCCAGAGGAGGGAAGCCAUGCCACUUUGGGUAUCCAAGAAACACAAGGCAAGAAGAGCAUGUUGGCGCAGGCAGAAGGGAGGCACUACGGCCCAAACCACUCUUCCACGCAGUAGAUGAAGAGUUUGAAUCUGGAGAGGAGAGUGAGGAGGAGGCCGCAGCAGGUGGGUCCCGAUGGUCAGCGGAGCACAGACCCAGCAGGCAACACCACAGGUCCCACAGUCCAUUGCUCCAAAGAAAAUAAUUUCAUCUUCCACAGGAUUGUCUCCAUGUAUUUCAAGAGUCCAUUUUCCUAUUACUGUGGAAGAAGGAUUUUCCAAGUUUCGAAGAGAGCUACUGAGUUUAUUUUUCAGAAGCUAUUAGACAUGUAUCUAUUAGAGGAAGGGGGAUUUUUCUGGAGAAUGACUUGGAACAAAUUUGUAGGCUCUGCUACAUUCUUGGUUGGUGUACUCUGCAGAUGAAUUCCCUGAAAGUGAUAAAUGUUAAUCAUCACAGGGAUUAUUGCUAAAAUUCCCAAGAGUGUGUGAUCCAUGAAAUUCAUUGAGAUAAAAGCAUGAUUGGUCAAGUAAUUCACCUUGACCAUCUGCAUGUGCAGCUUAUAAUCGAGUUAGAACUGGAAAGGGCCUAGGAAAUCGCCUGGCCCAGUCCUCUGUGUUUACAAAUAAAGACGCCUUGCCCAAGGUC